AUGUACAACCAUACUUGCCCAGUGUUUGCUGGUCUCACUUUUACACGACAUUUGUCAUCCAUUACCAAAUUCGAUACAAGAAAGUUUGUUCAAACGUUACAGGAGAAAGGAGGCUUUGACGCAAAACAAGCAGAAGCUGCUGUUGUAGUAGUAAACGGUGCUAUAAAUGAUGGUAUCUAUUCCAUCACAAACAAUUUGGUUACUAAAGAAACACUUUCGUCCAUUGCGUACCAGCAGAAAGUUGACUUUGCCAAGCUUAAAGGUGAACUACAAACGAUGGAUAAAAGCGAAUUUACAACAUUGAAGAAGGACCAGGAAAAACUUCGAACUGAUUUGACAAAUUUGAAAAACAGGUUGAAGGAAGAGAUUACAAAAAAUCAAGCCAGUGUGAGAUUGGACUUGAAUUUGGAGAAAGGAAGAAUCCGUGAAGAAAGUUCACAGAAUGAAUUGAAAAUCGAAGAUACAUUUAGUAGAAUUGAUGAGGAAAUUGCCAAUAUGCAAAUGCAGAUCAAAUCAGUCAAGACCCAGGUUUUGCAAUGGUUAAUGGGUGUAAGUACUGGUACUUUGGCAGUGUUAUUAGCGUUUGGUAGGUUCAUGAUGUAA